UCUGGAUUGUUCUAGACUAGAAGUUCGGCGAACAGCGUUUCACGACCCUCGUGCAGGGGUUUGCGACAGCUCUCCGCGCGCACACGGCAGCAUGACGGAAUACGGCAGUGAGAAGAUGGCGGAAGAAGAGCGGAAUGCCAGUGCAGAGAAACUCAAGGAGAAAGCGAAUAACUACUUUAAAGAUAAAGACUAUGAGAACGCCAUCAAGUAUUACACGGACGCGCUGGAGCUGAACCCCAGCAAUGCCAUCUACUACAGUAACAGGAGUCUGGCGUACCUGCGCACCGAGUGCUAUGGCUAUGCUCUGGGGGACGCCACGAGGGCCCUGGAGCUGGACAAGAACUACAUUAAGGGCUACUAUCGGCGAGCCACCUCCAACAUGGCCCUGGGCAAGUUUAAAGCAGCACUCAAAGAUUACGAAACGGUAGUUAGAGUUCGUCCCAGUGACAAAGAUGCCAAGAUGAAGUACCAGGAGUGCAAUAAGAUUGUCAAACAGAAGGCCUUUGAACGGGCCAUCGCCAGCGACGAGCUCAAGAGAUCAGUCGUAGACUCCUUAGACAUCGAGAACAUGACAAUCGAGGAUGACUAUGAUGGACCUAAACUUGAAGAUGGGAAGGUUACACUGAAGUUCAUGAAAGACUUGAUGGCCUGGUUCAAAGACCAGAAGAAACUGCACAGAAAGUGUGCUUACCAGAUGCUGGUCCAAGUUAAAGAAGUUUUAUCCAAACGUCCAAGUCUUGUUGAAAUUACAUUAAUAGAGACAGAGAAAAUAACUAUUUGUGGAGACACACAUGGCCAGUACUACGAUCUUCUAAAUAUCUUUGAGUUGAACGGUUUACCAUCUAUAACUAAUCCUUACCUGUUCAAUGGUGACUUUGUGGACCGCGGCUCUUUCUCUGUAGAAGUCAUUCUCACGCUGUUUGGCUUCAAGCUGCUCUAUCCAGAACACUUCCACCUGCUUAGAGGUAACCACGAGACGGAUAACAUGAAUCAGAUGUACGGCUUCGAGGGUGAGGUGAAAGCGAAGUACACCGCCCAGAUGUUCCAGCUCUUCAGUGAGGUCUUCCAGUGGCUUCCUCUCGCACAGUGCAUCAAUAACAAAGUGCUGGUGAUGCAUGGAGGACUGUUUAGUGAGGAUGGCGUGACCUUAGAUGACAUUAGAAAGAUAGACAGGAACAGACAGCCUCCAGACUCUGGUCCAAUGUGCGAUCUCCUGUGGUCAGAUCCUCAGCCGCAGGACGGACGGUCCAUCAGCAAGCGGGGUGUGAGCUGUCAGUUUGGGCCUGACGUUACGGAGCGCUUCCUGGAACAGAACAAGCUGCAGUACAUAGUGCGCAGUCAUGAGGUGAAAGCCGAGGGUUACGAGGACACUCACUCAGGGAAGUGCAUCACCGUGUUCUCCGCGCCAAACUACUGUGACCAGAUGGGAAAUAAAGGAGCUUACAUUCAUCUCAGGGGAUCCGACCUCAAGCCAGAGUUCCACCAGUUUACUGCUGUGCCUCAUCCAAAUGUCAAGCCGAUGGCAUACGCCAACUCUCUGAUGCAGCUGGGUAUGAUGUAGAGGUCUGAAGUCCACACACAUCCCUCCGAAUCCACUCUCACAUUCUGCUCGUCUCUGUUUCCCACACGCUUUCUUCCUCGUGUACACGCGCACACUUUACAGUACUCAAACCUGUAGAUAAAUGGGGAAGAAUCACAUUGGUGAUGCCUUGACUUAAAAAAAGGAACUAGAAAUGUUAUCCGCAAAUUCUUGGAUCGACCCUCCCCAUGCUCUUGUCAUUAAUGUUUCCAUUCAUGUGGAGCUGCAUAGUUUGAAUUGGAUGUUUAGCUCUGUGAUAAAUGAGCUGAAUUGUACCAAAGAAUGAGCAAGUGUAUAUGACGCGUCCCAAAGUAAGAGUGCUGAUGUAGAAUUAGAGCCUUGUGAGGACUGGAGACUAAAAACCUGAUCAGCACUUCUACCCAACGGUGUGUUUCUACAUGGGGCCUUUAUUUUGAAAUUUUACCCCUUUGCAUUCCCACAUCCUAUUUCAUCUGGAGUACUGUUGGGAGGGAGAACAGUGUGUCACUUCAAUACUAUUAUUAUAUAAAAAAAACACAAUAAAAGUCAACUUUCAUAACAGGAAACUCCACCCAGAGCGUCUGUCAUGAGGUCAGAGUUUCUGUGAUUAAACGUCACAAAACAAAUUUAGGUGUCGUGUUAGCUCCAGUAGUGUUCUUCACACUUUUUGGCUCUCGUUCCCUUCUUUCUGAAUAGGGAGAAUUGCAGUAUUGUGAAGCUCAAUAAGUGUUUGGUGGCAGCUCCCACACGUUCUUUCUCCCAACAUGCUUGACUGAAAUGAACUGGAGAUGCUCUGUAACCCUUGUAUAACCUUCCACUGUCUGUCUAGCAGAUCCUGAACCCUUCGUGUGGACUCCAAACGAUACAGCAGAAACCUACCUUCCUCUCGUUAAGCGCACAGCAGCCAUGUCCCAUGCCCUUGACUUUUUAGAGAAUAUCAUAUACACCAACAUAUAUAUAUAUAUAUAUAUACAUAUGUGUGUGUGUGUGUGUGUGU